AUGUCGUCUCAUGCUCAUCCCUUUGGACGCUACCCCGCGUCCUCUUCCGCCCCGCCGCCCCGACAGAAUCCGUAUCACCCGGGGCCGUACCCUCCUCAAUCUUCAUCCUAUGUUCCACCCCCACCCCCGCCUCCGCCUACCCCUCCUGUGAACUUCAAUCAGUCCUCUCAGUAUCCACCACCUCCUCAAGAUGACCUGCACUCUGUUGCCUCUAGUCCUGGAUAUAGAAGGGAGCCGAGGGUCUUCGACCGUCUAAACGUUCGUCGCCAGCCCUCUGUACAUCAUCCACCUCCACACAAUCCGCCACCUAUCCAGACCUCAACAACCCAACAAAGAGGCCAGUAUCAACAAAAUUAUCGUCCUAUAUCACUGUCAUCGGGGUCAUCAGUCUCUUCCUCGGUUUCUUCAAACUCCUCGCAUUCGUCUACAUCGCGGCGCCAGCAACAGGGCCUGCCGGAUAUAUCUCGUUUGCGGUUUGAAGAACCGCAACAGCAGCGUCGUUCUUCGGGUCGUAAGAGAAAUAAUGGGCCAAAGCGCAUUGGGGUCCCACAAAGGCCCCCAGGAUAUAAAUCACCUAGCGUGGAGAGCGUUCCCUCUUCACCAGCUUCCUUUGCAACUCUUUCCCCGGAUUCUAAGCAUGUGCUUGAUGAGGAUGAGGGCUACUUUUCUACUCUCUCCGCUGAGGUUAAGGCCCGGUUGAGGAACGAGCCUCUGCCAGAUGAUUACAAGCCGGAGCCGAUACCUGAACAAGCUCCACCCCCGAAAGAUUCAAAGCCCAUAAAUAAGGCAACCGAGUUCAUCAAACCAACUCUUGUGAAGUCGGAUUCAUGGAGAAAUCAUCCCCUCCAGUAUUUUGAACAUUCGGACUCAAGCUCAGAGCCAGAUUCGCCUGGAAAUGAAACAUCCACUAGAAAAUCAAGGCCCUAUGCAAUCAGUAACAAUUCACCACCUCCGCCAGCCGUCCCUCCAAUAGUACGGCAGCCAAGACCAUACUCCAUUAUAUCUGAUACUUCUGAGCCAGUAAUUCCAGAACCUAGGGCACCUCAAGAACAUAGGGCAUCUCAAGACUCUCGGGCACCUCCAGAACACAGGGCAUCUCAAGACUCUAGGGCACCUCUAGAAUAUAGGGCACCCCAAGAAUCUAGGGCACCCCCAGAACAUAGGGCACCCCAAGAAUCUAGGGCGCCUCCAGAACAUAGGGUACCUCAAGAACCUAGAGUACCUCCGGAACCUAGGGCGCCCCGUCCAUAUGCUUUGAAAUCAGAAACUCCGAAACCAGAACCCACGCCCCCAGCGGCGCGUGAGCCAAGGCCAUAUACUCAUUCACCCAAUCCUCAAACAAGAUACCAGCCCCCACCAUUGGAGUCACAAGCACCUCCACGUCCAAGCCCUCAACCACGUUUCCGACAGACACCGCCUCCACCGUCUCCCGUCCAGCAAACACAGCUACGUCCACCGCCAAAGAGGGAUCCCGCUCCUCCUAUUGAGCUACUUCCGACAUGCCCCAAAAAGACACUUGUCCACUGGAAUAGGUGGUUCCAGAUACCCUCAAUUCCAAACUUUGAUAUCUGUAUAAGUUGCUACUAUAUACAUAUACACCCAUCACCAUUCUUUGCUCACUUCAUCCCCUCCGAUAAACCUUAUGGUGAGAACGCCUCAUGUCAUUUCAACACGGAUCGAAUAUUACAGAAAGUUUGGCCGCACGUAUUACAGACGGGCAAUUUCAAUACCCUCAGAGACUAUGCGGCCAUGAGAUCCACCAUACCACCCUGCAAUGGCGUUGAAGGCACAUCGGUUGGGGGACCAUCAGCAAAACGCUGGAAAGUUUAUGACGGAUCGAUACCAAAGUUUCGGUGCUGCGAUGCGUGUUACAACGAUAUCGUACUAGCAACUGCAUUUGCAGGCUGCUUUAGUCAGGUUCAUGCUGUGCCAGAAGAUAAAGUAUGGACAUGUGAUCUGGCAAUCCCGUUCAUCGCUGGGGGCAUGCUUCAACUUUCAAAGUAUCAGGAUCAGACCGGGCAAGAUCAAUGGGAUGAAUUUCGGAAUAUCGCCCUAUAUCGUCUCAAUGAAGUUUCCCCUUGCCCUGGUAAAACGCCAGUCAAGAGCUCCGGCAAAAACUGGUGGGUUCCGAAGGAUCCUAUUCCAGGACUCACUGUUUGCGAUGCUUGCUAUUGCGAUGAUAUUGUGCCACACUUUAAAGACCAAUUUAUUCAAGCCGUUAUACCUGCAGCUCAAUCAUCGCAGCUCCUCACCUGUGCAAUGUCAAACUUCAAUAUCAAAGGGCCUUGGGCUCUUGCCGUCGAAAGAGGGCAAUAUGCGGUUUGGUGGGAAGCGGCCCGCGCUGUCUUCGAUCUUCCGCCUUGUACGGCGAAGGGAUUCCCAGAUCAUGCUGUAGGGGGGGAGUGGUAUACGCUUCAGCAUCAUGACCCCUGCCUCGAAAACUUCAAGUGCUGCCGAACCUGCUAUUUCACCUUAAUCAGACCGCUCAACCUAGCCCAAUACUUCCAACACGUGAUAUAUGUGAACAACUCAGACCCUUCCAGUCCCAGCUACAACUCUUCGGUCGUGCGGGUCUGCAGCUUAACCCCAGAGAGUCCACGAUUCCUCCCAUUACUAGAAAAGCUUGGGGAGGCUGCGAACUGGAAAGACUUUGGUCUCUUUCUUUCUUACAUCAUCCCCCGCGCUGCGAUCCCACCCUGUCAGCCAGGAAAGUUCCUGGCGCGAGCCAAGUGGUACGGAACAGACGAUUUCGUGGUUUGCGAGGAAUGUUGGUUUGAACACGUUCGGGAAAGUCCAUUGGCCCAUUUUAUGACAGUACACGCCCGUUUUUCUCCGGAGCCUCAAGCUUGCGAUCUUUACUCUCCAAGGAUGAAGAAGAUAUGGGAGGAGGCUUGCCAUAUGCGAGAUUUGCAUCAUUUUGUGAAUGCAGCUGUUGAGAGAGGAAAAAUCUAUUGUGAUAUCCUGGAAAGGUCCAAGGAGAUCAAUGACCUUAUUGCGGCGAGGAAGAGAGUGGGCGGUCCUCGUUAUCCUAACGCUAUGGUACGAGUGGGCGAGGAUGGGCAAUCAUACGGAGGUUCAUCUAGGCAUGAUAAUAAUGGAGUGGAUGCUGUUACAGCUGACCUCUAUAAAAGACUCGAUUCGUUGCAAAAAGAGUGGAAAUCUGUGGAGUAG